CCCGCGCCGAGUUCAUUUGGAAGCGGCGCCGAGCAUGGCGACGGCCAACGAAUUCUUUGCGCGGUCGCUCGUGGCGUAUGGAUCCAGCUGGAUGGAAACGAUCACGAGCAUGCAUGUGCUCGUCGUCGGACUCCGAAGCGUCGGCGUCGAGCUCGUCAAGAACCUCAUGUUACAUGGCAUCCGCGACCUCACGCUCUACGACGACGCACUCGUUACGGACGACGACCUACCCACGAGCACGUGGUAUGGGCCACGGAGCAUUGGGCAGAAGAGGUCGGUGGUCAUCAAGGAGGCUGCGAGCGCCAAGAGCCCGUAUACAACGCUACGGACGCUCUCGGGUGUCUUGACGCCAGACCUUCUCCUCCACUACCACCUCGUCCUCUUCGCGAGCGGAGGACUCUUGCGCGAGGAGAUUGUCGGUCUCAACGAAUUUUGUCGCGCUCAAGUCCCUCCCAUUGGAACGAUCGUCGUUGAGAGCCGAGGCGUCCUUGCAUCCCUCUUUGUCGACUUUGGACCGUCCCACGAAGCGUGGGAAGACGACAGCUUGGAGUUUACUGUGGCUUCUCUGGACACCAGCACGGGCCUCGUGGUCGUGCGGGAGGACGUCGUCGAGCAGCGAUUGCAAAUGGGCGACGUUGUCGCGUUCUCCUUUUGCACACAAGACACAAGCUCUUUACCGUGGCCGCACGCGGAACAGUGCUGCAUCAUACGCCUCGCAUCACCAUCCACCUUCUACAUGGACGCUGGGCGCGGCCGACCAAUCGGAGAUUUGACGACGCUGCCUCGGCUCAAGCUUCGGCGCGUCCGUGGCCUGCGUCAACUAGCACACAAAAGCUACCGCGAAUCGAUUCUCCACCCAACGCUGGUCGAGUGCCCGUGCUUUCUGAGCUCCAAAGACACUGAUCGGAGCAUGCUGUUGCACUGCGUACUGCACGGCCUGUACACCUAUGCGCACGUCCAUGGCCAGUGGCCCGAAGCCAACAACGUGCAGCACGCCAACGAAGUGUUGAAAUGUACAAGGACCUUUAUCGCGGCGAGCGAGAAAGGACAGUGUGCAAUUCCCACGGCCCCACCGAGCGAUGCUAGCAUCUUAGAGCUAGCGCGUUGUGCGAGCACCGAGCUUGUACCGCUCAGCGCGACCGUCGCUGGCUUGGCGGCGCGCGAAGCCAUCAAGUUUGUCGGCCUUGGGCUUCCGUUGACCCAAGUGUGGUACUGGGAUGCCACGAAUGCGUUGCCACACCGCGCCGAGCUCGCCAAAGAGACCAUGUUCCUUGACCAUUACCGCCACCACGAGUUUCACGUCCGCGCCCUCUACGGACAAACCGCCUUGGCAAAGCUACAGAGCGCACGCAUUGCUCUCGUUGGCUGCGGCGCCCUGGGCUCCGAGAUCGCAAAGAACCUAUCUUUACUUGGUGUUGGUGGCACCAACUUGGCCAAGUGCACCCUUGUUGACGGUGCCCUCGUUCAGGUUAUCGACCUUGCAAGCCACGCGACUUUUGCGAGCAAGGACGUCGGUUCAAAGAAAGCGGUCUGUGUCAAGUCGGCGCUUGCGAAUGACUGCAAAGUUCUUACGAUCCAUCUCGACCCUGCUCAUCUCGACACUGCCUUUGAUGAAGCGUUUUGGACGUCUUUUGACGUGCUAGUGUGCACCGCAUCGAGUGCUCUGUUGGCAAAGUACCUCGACGAGCAGAGCUUCGUGUACAAGAAGCCAUUUCUUCUUGCAACGGCCGAUGCGUGGCGAGGCAGCCUCAUGGCGUAUGUUCCCGAGGUCACGGAGCGCUGGAUUGCCCGUGAAGUGGAUGCGACCUUGCCUUUGCACGUGCUCGACCAAGUGGCUGCCCAGCGAUCUCGCUUCCAGAAUGCGUCGAUCGAGAACAACGCGGGGCUCCAGCACGCACGCGCGUUCGAGGUUCAGCGCAUCGCAUUCUUUGCCCAAAGCGUUCUCACGCGCCACUUUGGGUCCCAUCUGGUCCAUGUGCAAACCUACUGUCGCGACCGUGCCCAGAACAAGCCACUGCGAUACAACCCCGACUGGCUGCAAACUACACUGGCCACGUUUGGUCGCCUCCAGUGCCUCGGGUUGACACCAAAUUCGUGUCUGGAUCAGGCCUUUGGGCUUUUGCAGGCGCUGUUUGCGGAAACCAGCAUCGUCUUUGAUGUAUCCCAGACAACCCACCUUGCGUUGCUGCAUGUGACCGCUGUCCUCUUGGCACGCAACGUUCAACUGGCUCUUUCGCUGAAUGAGAUCGCAGCAGCGUCGUGGGCACCACCGGCAAUGGCCUACAAGAAUGACGAAGGGAGUGAAGCCAAGCACCCGUCUCUGAGCGACGUACAGGCCAUGCUGGGCCGGUUGGUCAUCACUCCAUUCAAUGCGACGGACGACGCAAAUCUUCAUGUUGUCUUUGUGCAGCGCUGGUGCAACGCGAUGGCGGCCACGUACGACGUUGCAGCGAUCGACUUUUACACGUGCAAAGGACUGUGCGGCGUCUCGCCCCACGUCGUCUCGACUGCGUCCGUGGUCGCCGGGAUCGUAACCCUGGAGCUCGUCAAGCUGGUGCUGCAAAAGGCCAACGCAGUUCGCGAAGUUACCUAUGCUCCCCACACGUCCAUACUUCGUUUUGAGCGUCCUGCGGCACCGCUCCAGCUCUCGUCGAUCGCCCUCGAGCCGACGCGGGGCGUUGCGCUCCGCAUGUGUCCCGAACAGAUGACCUUGUGGCGCCAAUUGGUGAUCCCAUGCACGCUAACCCCCCGGCUGCUAACCGUGGAAGACAUUGAGCGCUACCUCCAGGCAAAAUACGAGGUGCAUGUCGAGUGCAUUGUAUGGCAGCAAACGACGCUGUACCGCAGCACCGAUGCUUGCAAGCGAACGCAAAGCUUGUUUGACCUCUGGCGCCUCGCGACCGGCUUGGCGCUUCGCGAGACUUUUCUCAUGCUCGAGAUGCGUUGCUCGGACGCAGACGGCGACGUCGUGUUGCCGCCGACCAAGCUCGUUCGGCCGCAUGGGCUUUAGCUUGAGCUCUGGGUGCGAGACGAGCAGCAUCCGAUGGCAAGGCAGAGGUACGCCACUUGGAGCGCCGCCCAGAGCUCCAAGACGAUGCCAGCAAGGUCGCGGAGCACGAGCCGCAAUAGCUCGUCGGACGUGAUCGGAAUCGGCGUGCAGAGCUGGCCUUUCGCCGCGCACUCUGCAAUCGAGAGGUAGUGCACUUCGGAGAUGGUAUCGAACACGACCAGCGACAGCAUCGCCACCAAAAAGAGGUGGCGCACGCUCGGG